AUCACGUUAUUCUAGUCACGUGAUACAAUUUAUUCCGUUUCGAUCUUGGUUUGUUGUCUUGAAAAUACAUAUAUUUGCUCCAUCUUAUUGAACUUGUUUAGAAUAUAUAUAAUCAUAAACUAUUAUUUAUUUCAAAUAUUGCGAUAGAAAUAUGUUUAACAAAGAAACGAAACCAUAUGAUGAUGUCAUUUGAACGAGAAUUGACUUCAGUGAAAGAAGAUGGCUGCCACUGAAAAACAGUGGUAUGUUGGAGAAGACGGUUGUAUAUCCGUUGGUGUAUCUGCCAGUGCCGUCACAUAUCACUCCGCCUUAAAUUCAAUUAUAGUGUCAACAAAAGAACCAUCUGUAAAGAUAUAUGAUGUUGCUUCUGGUGCUUUAUUGCAAAAAUCGGAUCUGUCAGCAAAUACAAGUGAUGCCAUUCAUGCUAUAUACCUACCUGGAAAGGACAAAGUGAUAUUUGCCGAUGAUUAUUCAGUGGGUGCUAGAAAUGAUUUGCGAGGUAUGCUCCUUUUGGACACUGCUUUGCAGACACCCAUCAAAAAAUCAGAGGACCAAGUCAAAGUGGAAAUUCCACUUGCAGAGGCUGGACAGUUUCACAAGGCAUUAAUGAAUGCAGAACUCCCUGGGAUAGAUCAUGUUGAUGAAGUUUGUAAGGAGCUAGAGAAGAAGAUAGAUGCAGUUCAGGAGGCUACAAAAGGCCACUUAAAAGCAGCAAAAUGGGCCACAAUUUGUUUGGAAUUACCACUCACCACGCUCAAAGCUGUUUGUACAGGAUUGGUGAAUGAAAUGAAGAGGCUUAGCAUGAACAAUCCAGGUCUAUCAGUUGCCUCAGCUAUCGGGGACAGGCUAAACUAUCUCCUCCCAAACAACGGGGAGGGUUGGAGUAGCACAGUGGAGAGGUCAAUGAUGUAUAGUGAAGUAGCUCGACAAAAAACCUUCAGGACAUGGCCUCACAUGAAUUACAAAUGGGCAUUGCCAGAUCCAAUGUCCCAAGCUGGAUUCUACCAUCAACCGAACUCGAUGGGGGAUGACCGUGCAAUGUGUUUUACCUGUAAUGUGUGUUUGGUGUGCUGGGAGCCAACAGAUGAGCCUUGGUCCGAGCAUGAGCGGCACUCGCCUACCUGUCCAUUUGUUAAGGGAGAGUACACUCAGAAUGUCCCACUUGCAGUCACCUAUGGGAGCCAGCCUGCAAAAAGACACAGUGAAAAUGAUGAUAAGAUUGAGUGUAUGAGUACAACUGCCACAGAAAACUUUGUAGCAACAUCAACUCUGAAUGGGAAUAUAGUGAUUUGGAAUGUAGAUAAAAUACUUAAGAAAUACUGCCAGUUUAAUUUGGAUCCCUCUAACCCUGUGAUAGCCUUGAAGACAGGACUUCAGAUCGAGAGGUUGCCUGAUAAAUCUCCCAGAACCAUAGAUGGUGAUGAAUCUGUGCAUGAUGAAACUGAUGCCAAGCCAGAGAAUAACGUGAAGAAAAUAGAAAACGGUGGUUCUUCAGAAAGUGGCGGUGAACAAUCUACUGCAACCACCUCCACAAAUGGCACCUCAGAGACUCUGUAUGAACUUCCACAGGAAAAGUUGGAUAAAUCAGAUGGACUAAAAACCAGGAAUAGACCAUGUGAAGAUGUGUUAGUAAAGUCCAUGUGUAUUGUAAGGAAACCUAUGACUGAGAAAAGCUCAUCAGAAAAAAGCAAUGGGGUUAAGAUUUCAAAAGCCAAGAAAAAAUCCAGAUCGAAACCCCAUCCCACACUCUUCUGUGGUGUGUCUCUGAGAAGAACAAAGAUGAGUUUGUCCCUGGAACAGAACAAUGUGGAAUGUGAAACAGAGGAGGUAGAAUUGAUGAACAAAGUGAAUGAAGUUGUGAGCAGUGAUUCCCCCCAAAUCAUAUCAUCAGAGGAGGAAAGUUUCUGUGGGGAGGGGGAGCUAGUGGACAAUGAACUCUUACAGUCUACGGUCUUCAUUCCAUAUCUGCUGGUACUGGCCCUUAGGGAUGACGUGCGGAAGGGUAUAAAGCAGAAGGAGAAGGAACAGACGAGGAUGCUACCAAGUAGUGCAAGUUUAAAUAACUUAAGUGCUGUGCCAAAUUUAGGGUCGAUUUCCAUGAUGAAUCAUGACUUUAGCUUGAUGGAUCCCAUGUUCGAUUCCGAUCCUGAUAUGUUGAUUGGUGUGACUCCUGGUCCAGUGAGUCUAACGUCAGAAAGUUCAAGCGUAGGAAUGUCGAACUCGGUGCCUGAUGCCAAGGUUCCCACAGUGAGCAAGCCUUCCGGUUCCAGUAGACACACAAAGACGGGGAGUGUAUUACAAUGUGUGGAACUUCCACAGAGGUUACAAAGUGACAGGUUCAAAGUCUCCACUAUCUCCCCUAUAUUAGAUGGACAACACAUUCUAGUUGUAGUCUCACCAGCAGACAGAUGUUCAAAGUCCUCUACUAAAAGCAAAUCUGUUUCUGUGAUCUCUGACUCUUCUCCCACUAUCGAGGCUUCAGGUCCUUGUAAUGAAUGUUUACCGGUAACCGUAAACAGUGGUUCAAACUCUAUAGCAAAUUCUUCUGAGAACAUUUCUGAGCUAUCAAGCUCGCUAGAUCAGUGUCAUGGAGGAUGUGUCCUGUUGUAUAAGUAUAAAUUUGGUGAGGAUUAUGCACAGUUGGAGGAGACACCUGUGGUCACAAAGUACUUGGAACAAGCAGAACUAUCUGUCACCAGUGUUAUUGUACUACCACAGGAAUUUAGUGAAUACCAAGAAAGAGAGGAAGAAAGUCCGGGCCCAGAUUCACUGGCAACAAAUAGUGCUAGCACCCAGACAUCAUACCAUAUUCCGGGCCAAGCUGUUGUCACAUUGAGUAAUGGAAAACUCUGGCUGUUGAACUUGAAUGAUUUAAGUGUGGUAGCUGAGAUUUCACCCCCUGAACCAGAGGAAAAAUUUGUGUCUGCAGCUUAUUGCACAGGUAUGGAACGAUUGUGUGUAUGCUCAGCAGAGGGCAAACUUCACUUCUAUCAGUUAAGUGAGGACAGUCCGGUUCUGUCGGAGUCCGGCUCACUGAUGGAUGUACCGGAUGGAGUGUGUAACGGAGAAUCCCGCCUAGAACCGGAUUCCUCCACUAGUAAUGCCGAAUCUGUAGAAUCUAAGGAACAUCUAGAGAAAAAUAGUCCAGGUACUGAUCUCCUAGCAAAGAAACCUUUGACAGUUGAGAACCUGAUGCUUCUUCAUAAUCUGAUACAAUUUGAAAACUUGAUGCCAAGGUUCACCUCCACUGUGCCAUCAUGCUGGACUGAAAUUCAACAAGAACAGCAACAGCGGCGCCACCCUCAGCAUCUACAGCAUCAAGGGGAGGCCACUCAGCACACUCGAACCUGGAAACUGCAACCAGACAGUUCUACGUGGGAUGAGCACCUGUUUGAAAUCGUUCUACCACGUCCAUGUUGUGUUGGUCAUGUUGACAUCAAGUUUACAUUACACCCAAUGUGCACCUCUCCUCCCGACGUACAAAUAACACUGCUGAAGCAAAACGUAACCACACUGGGUCGGCAGUCUAACACAAUGCAUCCAGCAGAAGUGGACAAAAGUAUAGAUUUUAACAUUAACGCCUUCUGUCAUACUGAAGAAGAGAACGCAAACACAAGCUGCACAGAGAAAUCCAAUGGCAGAUUCAGCGAGAAUAUCAACAGCGUUUUGGAUCCUGAGUUUUUGGAGAACCACAAUGCAGAGAUUCUGUGUGGGCCAGUCAAUUUAGCCUCGUUUUUGGACUUGUCCGGGAAUGGCGGCCUGAUAACACUGACCAGUCCACAGUUGUUGAGCACUAAACCAAAGGCAUUUCUUCUGCACAUUAAAGGGUUUCACAGCAAGAAUGAUGACAAGAAUAAUGAAAAACAAAGGGAAAUGAAAAAGAAAUCGGCAUCCAGUUCCUCAACACAGAAGAUGAUUGUUAUGAAGUCAGCUUUUGAUAAAGACAUAUUUAUCCCCACCAGUAAGGUAAAGGAAGCCAUGACAUCAUCUGUACCGAGACCCAAGUUUGCUGACAACUUCCGGGGCUGUGACUGGAUACAGGAGAUUUCUGUUACCAUCAGAAAAACAAAGAGGACACAAAUUCCAAAAGAAAGGCUCCAGAGAAGCAUGAUGAUUGAAAACUUGAAGUUCCAUGAGCGUUUGAUGUCAGCAGUGGGAAUGAGUGACGGUUAUGUCUUUAGUGGAAUCAGUUCAGAUUGCUAUCAAAACAUGGCCCUGGACAUUCUUCUGUGGAUAUCUGGUGUCCAGAUGAAUGACCCCAUAAGGAGAGCUGUGAUGAAAACAAUACCCUACACGCUCAAGACACAUCUACAUAGUGUGGUGAGAGCCUGUUUUAUACAAGGUACCAGGACAACAGCUCAUAAGUGUUCCCGUCUACUUGCUAUGUGUAUGGAACAGUGUAAGAAAAUGGCAGACCCGGAUAUGGCAAGUGGCUUCAGUUACAGUUUGCUCCAUGCUCUUCUGUCCUCCUUCCCUCUGCUUCCGUCUGCACAGUACGCAGGAGCUGUACGCUGGUUCUUCACAAUGCUGAACCGAGUUAAAUGUAUGGACAUCACUCAAGUCUCACAAUCCUGCUCCGACCUGCUGGUCCAAAUUUCCAAACAGUACAAUGAAAGGAUGUCUUCAAUCCAUGCUCUCCUUAAGUCAAGAUUUGGAUUGUAUGGUCAUCCAUUUGACCCAGACUUGUUUGACAUUGAGCUGCCCUUGGCUCUGAAGCAGACAGUCCCCUCUGUGUCUUUCUCAACCCUCAGCAGUAGUGGCAGUAACUCCACAACCUCAGGGAACACAAACAAUAACCUCACAGCCCCCUCCUCCUCCUCCUCGGUCACUGACGAACUCGACUACUACGACCUCUUUAACCCUCCCUCAGACAAGUCCCAGAAGGUGCAGCUGGAGUAUGCCAAAGGCAGUCUGUUUGGUCUGAUGGAAGUCGAACCUCUACACUUCACAUGCCAUUCCACCAGUGAUGGUACCAAGAUGGAGCGUAUGGAUAACAAUUCAACUUCACAGAGCACCUCCAUAGGAACUGCAGGGUUGUCUGGGACAAUAAACUUUGGAGAAGGCAUACCACCACAGGCGACUGGAAAUAUCGGGGCCUCAACUCUGGCGUCAUUGUCCUCUAGCAUGGCUGUGACAAAGCAACACUUACAUGAACUCAGUAGUAAAUCCUACCCUACGUUUAAGCAUAAGAUUAUGCAUAUUAAACAGAUUCUGUCAGAGGUAGGGAAGAGUUUACCCCCAGAAGGAAAAGCUACCAGUAGUGACCUCUUGAUGCCACCAACACCAAAAUCCACACCAAUGGUCAUCACUCCACCACUGACCCCACCCAAUGAAACCUUCUUACAGGGCCAAGGAACUGCCACUCCUGCUAAUGACGGGAAGACAGACAACAAUAAACAUUUCUCGGCUAAGUCAGCUCUUGGAGGACUACCUAAUGCCCAGACAUUGUUACAGCAGCCCCCGCUACAAGUUCUAGUCAUUGAAAGAAUGCAUUCAGGUGCUCGUCGGUUUGUGACCCUUGAUUUUGGGAAACCUAUUGUUCUGACAGACGUGGUGAUUCCAGCCUGCACUGAUCUAGCCUCUUUGUCUAUAGAUGUCUGGGUACAGGGGGAGGAAUUAGAUGGGCAACGAUUUGUGGUAGCCUCUGACAUAGGAGUCAGAUCACUUAUAAUGACCGACAUCAUGCCACCUGUUGUCUGCAGGUAUCUGAAGAUAACCACAAUUGGAAGAUUCGGAAGUGGAUCAACAAGAUCGAAAAUCCCCAUUGGUGCUUUCUAUGGACACAGCUGUCUUCUACCCUGGGAGUGGAACAGUUACUUGGAACAGAGGUCUUCAUCAACCACAGGAUCCCAGUCAGAACUGCCAACUCAGUCCCAGAUGUUGGCUCAGUUAGGAAUAUACAUGUCACUUCUAGAGGAUAUACAGUGUAGGUACAGUCUAGCUAGGACAAGGUUGGAAUCUCUUCUGGCGGGACUGGACGGCCAACAGUUCGCCAACACCCACAUUCAGUAUUUCCUGAAGAAAAGCAAGAAACAAAAUGAGGAAGACAACAAAAUCAUACAAAGUUACAAUGACUGUCUUCAGUUACAAGUGCAGCUGAACUUGGCCAAGAAAGCCACGGAGAGACUACACACAGCUCUAGGGUUUAAUGUUCCCAAAACUGACUAUGGCGGUAGUGUUGUGGAGAGAAUCCAGCACUCGUGCACAGACAAGUUGAGGUUCGUACAGGAAUGUCUCCUUGAGGUCCUCCUUAGCAUGACUACCUCCUCGGCCAGUAUUCCUCAGCCCCCAAUGUCUUUGUAUAACCUCAUGAGUCCCCAGGCAGCUGAGAUGCUGUUUAAGAACCUCUGUGUACAUGGCACUAAGAAGAUCCAGAUCAGCUGUGGGAUGCUGUUGAUGAGGGUAUGUGGCAGCCAGCCCUGGUGGGGAAGCUUCCUUGGAAAUGUUCUCAGAGAGUUCUUUCAUUCUGAAAACUCGCAGAUAUUCCCGCAGGAUAGAGUGUUUGUGCUGCUGUUGGCAAUGGGUCAGAAAUCCUUAUCAGGACCUAGUGCUGUCUCAAUCAUGGAAAGUCUUCUAGACAUGUUAGCCAGAGUGUUAUCUCCCUUGGUAGCCGGACAAGCAGGGAUGAUUGACUUGACCCUUGUUGGUUGGAUUCUCUUAUUCCUGUGCAGAAGUUUAGACCACACUUCUCUCAAUAAUGAUGAUAGUUCUAAAGCAGCAAGAAGAGAGAAUGGAAAUUCCCUACCAAACCGCUGGAACUUCAUACAAGGAGACCACAACUCCGCUGGUUCACUGGCAGCCAGCAAUGCCAAAGCCAAGUCCACCAAGCUUGUGCGGGGCUCCAGGCUAUCGAUGCAGAAGAGGAUGCUGCACCACAAACAGAAGCUGAUGGAUCUACAGCAGGCUCAGAAAACUUUCUUCUCCACCCACCCAGAUAAGGCGGCUCAGAACUCCAGUAAUACCCUCCUAAAGCAACAGGAGAAAGAGUUCAAAAAAGAGUUGUCCAAAUAUGCUUCCAAGCACAUAAAAGAUAUCAUACAUAUGAGACGAACUGAAGUGGAGAUGCUGAGAAAAAUGGGUCCCAAAGCCGAGAGUGUGUCAGAGUCCGAGAAGAGUAACGGAGAGGUGGAUCAAGAGGGGGUGUUACUUCUGUCAAAAGAAAAGACCCUGAAGGUGGUGAGGGGUCUGAUGUGUCUACUACUGAGUAUGGACUUCACUUGUAAUGUUGAUCUCUUCCUCAUUACAUGCAAGGUGAUAGCCACAGUGUGUGUUAGUACAAGGCCUGCUAUUACUCUGGCUGAGGCUAUGACCCAGGAACAGCUGGAGCGACUUAUUCUGUUGGCUUCUAACCUGGAGUUUAGUUACGGGAAUGUCAGCUGGGGAGGCCCCUGGGCGGGGCAUGCAAUCACCUGUCUGCUUCAAGACAUACUGGAUGGUGAGAAGUUCUAUCCUGCUCACAUUGACUCGAGUGUGAGUGAGACUCGGGAGGAGGCAGCGGGAGGGUUCACCACAGAGACGGACGAGAGUCUCCCCCACAGUGUUAGCCUGCCCACUAUGGAGGAUUUGGACACAGACCAAGACAACAGUGUACCUGAUACACCAGAGAUGGAACUAUCAGAUAGUAAAGAGGAACCGUCCAAGAUGACAUUCGACAAGGAAUCUUCUCUGAUGGUGGAUCUGCUUCUGGACGACAUGGAAUACGAGGACGAUGCAUCUGCCAAACUUCACGCGUACGUCACUGGAGAGUCUGUCGUACCUCCACCCCCACCCCCUCCUGAACAAAUCCUCUUUGAAUCUGGUCUGCCUACCUCCAGUUUGAAUGGAACACUGGAUGUGGCCAAUUCAAUACCUGAAACUGAAGAUAAGAAAAAGGAUGUGUUUAUCAAGAAAAUUGUGGACAAGAUUACAGAACGGGAUCGAGAAAGUUGGACUUCUGGGUCAUCUUAUCGCAGUAGUCUGGUGGCCGGAGCUCAGGGAAUGUCCACUGCAAUGGAUGCUCGGCUCGAGUUUGGUUUGGAAACCCAGGCUGAACUCAGGUUAAAGGUAAUGCUGUCUCUGCACACAGAGGGGGUCCAGCAGGCAUUUAGUAACACCCUGCCACCGGCCCCUUAUGUAGGUCACUCCAUGUCUUCAGCCCCGCCUCCCACUGACGAUGAACUGUCACAGGCUAGCGCUACAUUUUCACAGUCAGAGGUAUCAUCAGCUGAGAUGUUGAGUUCCUGCUACAACAACCUGUUGUGUCACCUCCUGCCUCAGUGUUCUAACCUAGACUCCCUCCUACAGCUGUGGUUAACACUGAACAGUGAGGGCAAUACUGAUGCCUCGGGGGGCCCUAUUUUUGACUCCUCAAGGACUCCUCUAAUUCUCCUCAGCUCGUCCUCGGUGUCCACACUUUUGGAGGUCCUCACAGCUAUCCCCAGUCUGCCCAUUAGUUCGUGGGUGUUGGCUUUUCAGAGCCUCACUCUGAUAGCCAAUCAGAGAAUUCCUAGUCAUGGCGAGGUGGGGGAAGUGUCCAUUAUUGUUCCUUUGUUGUCCGAUGCUAACUUAAUCAGUGUCAUCAAGAAGUUUUUGUCGGGGACGUCAGAUAAUGGACCUACUGCAUCCUCUGUUCAGUUCUCCACAGUUGGUCCUGCUGCAACCAAAGCUUUCUAUGAAUUUUUAUUACGACUGUUGGGAAAGUGUCCUCAAGAUCAUCUUCAGAAAUUAAAAGAGCUGAUGCUAAAAUUAGUGUACACAUUAAGUGCUGAAAGGGGGGCUUUCCAUUGUGGUCUCGGUCCACUAGAUGCUCAGUGUAAAUUCAUGGAUUUUAUUUUGGAUCAGACAUAUGAGAAUGUGGACCUGAGUAAUGCCAUAAGUGUUAUCGAGUCCAUCAGCAGUUUAGUUCACCAACACAUUCUGUGUCAAGAGAAAGUUUCUUGUAGAAGUACCUCUGAAAACUCUGUCAAUGCCAGGUCAUGUUUUGGGGGACUUUUUGCCAGUUUCCUACGCGGUGGGGACUCAAAGACCUCCGAUGCCAGCAGGGAUCUCCUAAUGUGUAGUCUUCUAAAACUUGUAAACAAUCUUAUACAAAUGCAGUGUAAUUCUCCAAGGAAUGUUCGUGUUUCCUCAGUUACAAUGGACUCCUCAGCCACAGUGGAACCUAUGACACCAACAAAUAUCAGCAUGUCAGAACCCGUUCCCGAUUCUGCCAAAUUAGAGCAGGCCCUAGCAACCUCUACCCCAACUCCAGGAGUGAGGCUAUCUGAUGAGGAGAAGAGUCAACAGACAGAUGAACAGAAGACAGAAACUCUCAACACCCAGGCCUAUGUCACAGAUUUAAUACUGGGCCACCAUCAAAUUAUGUGCAAUCUGAUACAGGCUCUGAGUUACUGCAACAGUAACACUAUGGCCAUGAUUCUUGGAAGCAGAGGGAUCUCCAGCAACAUGCAGGAGACUUUUACUGGAGGUGAACCGAUAUCGGUUGGGGAUGGGAUCUACCAGAUCCUGGUGACUUUAACCAGAUUGUGCUCAGACAGCCGGUGUGUGAUUGAGUCUCUAUACAAGUACCUGUCUGGUUCAUACAGCAUCAGAACACAGCAGUCCCUGAACAAACUUUCAGAACCUCUCCUAUGGUUCAUACUCAAAGUUCUAGAUAGUGCUAGAUCAAUAAAUAGCUUCCUAGAAAUGGGUGGAAUAUCUGUAAUCUGUCAAAAUCUAGUCAACUGUAACUGUCGCAUAAUAAGCACAAACCCUAGUCUGAUUUCUACCAUAAUGCAGAACCUCAAUGGCCGAUCUCGAUUAGAGAAAAAGAACAGUGAUUUUGAGUCCCCAGAUGGUUUACAAAACUUUGCUCCUCUAGGAUACAUUUGCUCCAGUAGUCCCACUGCCAGUCCAGCUGAGGUCCUGAUACAAUCCUCACCUCCACACAGAAGAGCUCGCUCUGCAGCCUGGUCCUACCACUUCUAUCCUGACGAGGCAUGGGUGGAUCUAACAAUUCAGCUGCCUUUUGCUAUUUUACUCAAGGAAGUCCAGAUACAGCCCCAUGGUACAUCACUCACCACUUGCCCUUCGAGUGUAUCGUUAGAACUGAGUCAUGAUGGAGUGACGUCCACACCCCUCUGUCACCCCCUUAUGACCAGUAGUCUGGCCUUUAUCAAGCUACAGUUCCAGCGGCCACAAAUAGCCACCAUGGUGACCAUUAGGCUCCACAAGGCCAGGGACUCUAUGACAAUCGGGCUGUCACAGAUCAUGUUGAUGGGGUACAGUGCAUUUGGAGACUCCAGCUCAGCACCUCAGAAUGUGUUCAUGCCAAAUGAGGAUUAUGUCGCCAGGUCAAGUGUUCGCUGGAUCCGUUUGUUACAUCACUGCCUAACAGCAUACAAGGAGGUAGAGGAAGCUGUAGCUAAUAGUGCAGCUCAGAUCCCCAAUCUAAUGAACACCUGCUCUGCCUUGCUAGUCUCACCCAUCUCCAGUGUAUAUGUACCUAACAUAGAGGAGGUCCUGCUGUGUUUGGGACUCCACUCUGUAGACAUGGGACUUGCUCUGGUCGACAACAUACUCAGAAGUCCUAGUAAUAGGGCUAAUUCAGGUUUUGGUUUGCCAUACCUUGGAAAAGUUAGUGGCCAAGCCAAUGAAUCCACUGUGGAAUUGCUGUACCAGCUAGGAAUGGUCCAAGACCAUGGAACAAGAUUAAGAGUUCAAGCUUUGUUGAGCUGGCUGAAGGACAGUGCCAGACUUGCUCUUCAGCGAUCAUCUCUCUCCACUUCUGAAGGCUACAGGAGGGUUCAACAGGAGUUAUCUUCCCUUCCUAGCCCCGCCCCCUCCCACAUACAGGUUGUGUCAGCCGUCUUAUGGCAGAGCAAUGAUUUACCUGUGGAAUACGAUCUUGGGGGUCUUGUUACCAGGGAACUAGUCAGUUUCCUUUAUGAAUGGUCCACAACACUGAAAACUGACAACAACUUGAAGCAGUCUGUAGAUUAUGUACUUUGUGCUAUUUGUCACAUCAACCCUGAGUACUUCUCCCAGAUUCUGUUGUGGAUGGGUAUCACCGUAACAGGAGAAAACAGUCUGUCUGCCUCCAUCAGUGAUGACCGCAAAGACAACUCCCAUCUCCACCAGGGCUCCAUGACGGAUGAUUCCAAAGACAAUCGCCAUCACAGGUCCAUGACUGAUGACUCUAAGGAGGCCAGCAGUGCCCAGGAGGGCCCGCGCUCACAGACUCAGACCGAGUUUGUUCAGGAUUUCCACCACAUUACCCUAGAGGAGUCUUGUCUAUCGACUCUGGCCCUGACUUGUCAGUCUGCAGUGGCCAUUAAACAGUUACUAGACUCCGGAUUCCCUGCUGUACUGGCUCAGGGCUUGUUUGAAUUCUGUAACAAGGUGAUAUUUCAGUUCACUGAGAAUUAUUCCCCUCCGGAAGGAAUGACUGAUACUCAUAAAUCCAUGUGUGAUGACGGUGGUGCCUCAGGAUCGGUGUUGGGUUCCAUGUCCAGAACUGUGUCAGACAAAGCUUUAUGGAUAACAGCAGACAUGGUGCCCUCUGUUCUGUAUUUCCUGGCCAAGGUUUCCACAGAGCCCCUGAUGAAGGAUUGGUUGGGGGGACACGAGGGGAACAUAUUUUGGCCCUCCCUACUGACCAUGCUGUGUAAUACUCCCAUACAGUCCGCCACAGCUCCGGCCAGCAUUCCCAGAGAAGGGAUAAUGACAAUGGAGAACCGAGGAAGUAUCGAGUCUGCUGCUGUCUGUUUUUUCACACAAGUCAUGUCCUGCCACAUUAUUAACCAACUGUUAUUUGCCAAAGUCUUAUCUGAAGUUAUCAAAGAGCAGAGUUCCUCCUCAAAAUCAGGUCAGCUAUUGGGGAAUUUCCCCCUCUCCGGUUUCACCAGGUGUUUGUUCCUUCAGGCCUUGUUGGAAGAUGAAAAAGUUCUUGUAGUGCUCAAGUCUUCCCAACAGAGUGGGAAAAUCAUGAUGCAGAGCAAAUUAAACAACGGCGUGCAUCACCCUCACUUCACAGGGGGACGGAACACCCAGGUGCUGUUGGUUAGCCUACACACAACCAUCAGUGAGAUAACAAGCAAAGUCACUGACCUUCCCCUUCUACCGGGCCAGUUUCUGGAGAAAGCAUCUGAAAAGAGUGACGAAUCCAAAAAAGACAACUUAAGCAAUUAUACAGAGAUGGCCAGCUAUCUUUCCAGUUCUGUGGUAGCAGCUAGUAUGGCAGCUAAAGAGAAAAGAGAGAAAGAGGAUAAGUCUGGGAAGACAUCUCUACCCCCAAGACCACCAACUCGCCGAGGGAGGCAAAACCUGGGAAAUUCCAACUCACAGAUGCCACUUCCUACAUUAGGCAUCUGCCACAAAUCCAUGCCAAACACCUCCUUACCAGGGGAGUUAACUCUGUCCCAGCUGUUGCAGAUUCUACACCAGCGAGGACUGCAGCACGGACUCAAUGUACUGGAGUUUUCUAUCAAACAAGAUGAGAAAAAGGACGGCAAUCAGCCAGAUCAAAGUGAACGAGAUGGCUGGAGUGACCUGGAUGAGGACCAGGCUCUGACUACCGUGUCCCCCUUCCCUACCUCCCUACAGGUGUUUGCCAGUGUGGGGGGUCUGGCUCUCUUAGCAGAACACCUGCCUUUGCUGUACCCCGAGGUUUCUAGACAGUCAAUCAUGCAGGAGUCAGGUCUAGAUAACAUGAUUAAGAACAUGUCUAUAGCUGAAGAGUGGUCCAUGAUUGAACCUUUCCCAGAGGACUUUUAUGAGCAUUAUGAACUCUCUCAGCCACUGGUAGCCAAAACAAGCAACCCUCCUGUUGCCUUGCCAACCAUUCCUCCUCAUUCAUUGGUUGCUUUUGGUUUGUUUCUUCGACUUCCUGGAUAUGCUGAGGUCCUCCUGAAGGAGAGAAAGAAGGCCCAGUGUCUCCUGAGGCUGGUUUUAGGAGUCACAGAUGAUGGGGAUGGAGGUCACAUUCUGACAUCCCCCAUUGCCUGCUCCCUACCCACGCUGCCAUUCCUUGUCCUGAAAUCCCUUUACGACAGCUCACCCCUGACCACAGAUGAUGGGGUGUUACUGAGGAGGAUGUCUCUAGAUAUCUGGGCCAUACACCUGAUCCUAGCUUGUCUGUCUGUUCUCAGUCACCAUGCCCCCAGGGUACCAGUCCAAGGCUUUCAACAAGAGGCUCGGUUGAUUCUGUCUGCAAUGCAGUCAGCUAACACCCCAGCCAGUGUCCCUGUCCAGACCCAAACUGAGGAGAAAUCUCAGCAGUACUGGGCCAAGGGGACAGGGUUCGGGACAGGGUCGACGACGUCCAGUUGGGAUGCAGAACAGGCGCUGAUGAGACAGAAAAGUGAGGAAGAACACGUAGCUUGUCUGUUACAGGUUCUUGCCAGCUAUAUAAACCCAGGGGGUGAUAUUCCCAAAGAGUUUGAGUCCGAAAACUUCACCUCCCCCGCAGAAAAGUCUCUUCUCCCAGACGUGAUAUAUGAACUGUUAAGUCAGUCUUGUAUUGUUCCUGCCAUAUCUUCCUAUCUCAGAAACGACUCAGUGCUAGACAUGGCUCGUCACAUUCCUUUGUACCGGGCGUUGCUGGAGCUACUGAGGGGGAUAGCUGUUACCCCCUCCUUAGUACCCCUCCUGCUUCCACUGGAGAAGGACAAUGGGCCCGAUACGGCCACCUCUGUUGGGGUGCUGCUAGACAAGAUGAGAGUGUGUGUGGAUACAUAUGCCAGCAGAUUAAAAUCUAACAAGGCUAAAAAUGAAAAUGGCAGUGUAACAGAGGAGGAGGAGAAUGAAGGGUUGGCCAUGCUGAUCCCCAACAUCCAGGAGACGGCCAGAAUUGUCAAGAUUGCCACAGAACAACUCCAAAAAUCCACUGAAAUGGAGGGUGCCAGCGAAGAAGCAGGCAAAGACAAAUCGGGUCAGACUGGCCAGGCCAGUGCGGAGGAGCAUUACAUGACCAUCAUGCAGGAGGAACAGUUUGGAUCUUUUGAGUUUGUGUUAGAUGAUUCAAGUGCUGUCAAAUUCACCUGUUCUCAUCACUAUGAAAAUAAUGUGAAGGCUGCUGGUGAAGUAAGCAAUGCUUCUCGGACACGUCGCCUAGCUCAGGAAGCUACGACCCUAUCUACCUCACUUCCCCUGUCCGCCGGCAGCAGUGUGUUUGUCAGGUGUGACGAAGAAAGGCUGGAUAUCAUGAAGGUGAUGAUAACAGGGCCCUCUGACACUCCAUAUGAAAAUGGCUGCUUUGAGUUUGAUGUUUAUUUCCCUCCAGACUAUCCCACAUCUCCACCUCUAAUUAAUCUGGAGACCACAGGGAACCAUACGAUAAGAUUCAACCCAAAUCUCUAUAAUGAUGGAAAGGUGUGCUUAAGUGUGCUAAACACAUGGCAUGGUAGACCAGAAGAAAAAUGGAAUGCUCAAACUUCAAGUUUUCUACAGGUGUUGGUGUCUAUACAGUCCUUGAUUCUAGUGUCAGAACCUUACUUUAAUGAGCCAGGAUACGAACGAUCAAGAGGUACCCCAUCCGGUACAGCAAGUUCCCGAGAGUAUGACGCCAACAUCCGACAAGCCACUGUUAAGUGGGCCAUGUUAGAACAAAUCAAGAACCCCACUCCCUGCUUUAGAGAGGUCAUUCACAAACACUUCUGGCUGAAGAGACACGAAGUGUUAAAGCAAUGUGAAAACUGGAUAGCAGAAAUGGAGUCUUACAGCAACGAUAAAAGGACAGGAAGGACGAUAGCUCACAGUACACUAGCACUUAAACGACACUAUAACCAAUUACGAGAAGAGAUUGCCAAAAUGAAGCCACCAGAGGGGUUAGAGGACGAAGAGGGGGGAGAGACCAUCGAUCCCCAGGGGGUUCAUUUCUCUACAGACUCUGCCUUGUCGUCGGCAAUGAACAACUCGCAAAUGGGUGCGAUAGAAAACUUAAUCACAGACUCUAAUUCCAAUUCUGUCUUAGAGGAUGGAUUUUGCUAGCAUACAUGUAUGAAAUAUGAUAUCGAUAUAAUGAAUUCCAGUUUAUAAAGUGACAGCAUGGAUUUUCACCACUGUGACUAUGAUUUGGAUGGAGGCUGUGUAAUAUGGAACAGCUAGUCAUAAUACAGAUUAUCUAGACAGUGCUAGCGGCUCUCCUAGGAGCUGUUUGUUCUUGUGAUAUGCUGAAAUUGUGAUAUUUGUGACAGAAUAAGUCUUGUUAUAGUUUUUUUUUGUGUGUGUGUAAAUUGUAAGGAACUUGAUGCAGUGAGUGCUUGUAUGUAUUGUGAAAGGAAUUUCUUGGAAUCUGGAGCACAGUACUUCAGAGCAUAUUCACAUGGGGAGAGAAUUUUGAAUUUUUUACCCAAUUAUUGCAUUAAAAAGUUCCGCUAUUCCUUUUAGCUUUUAAGAAUCUUCAAAUGAUAUGAAAACCCUGGGGUUUAUAUGCAUUGCUAUUUUAAUUUAAUGUACAUGUAUGAAGAUUGUGACGUAUGUGUUACAGAAAAAUACAUAAGAUAAGCUAUGGUAUUUAAUAUUUGUUGAUGUUAAUAUAUGAUAAUAUUAAUAUUGGCAGCAUCAGAUUGUUACUUUAUUCCAGUUUUCAUGAUGUCAAUUUAUUUAUUUCCCUGUGUGUAUAAACCAAAUGGUCUAACUGUUUAUACUUGUACAUGAUACUACACUAUAAGUCAUGGAAACAUAUUGAAGAGAACUUAUAGAAAAGAAAUCCGUACAUGUAUAUGGAUGAAAAAAUAUAAAGACGAUGCUUUAUCUCGGUAUGGGACAAAGUUACUGGCUGCAUUAGUUGAAUGCGGAAUAGUGUGCUCCCCAUUGCAGAAUUGACUCUUUGACAUAUUGUAGCUGUUAAUGGCUUUCUCUAAUGAAUUAUUCUAUAAAUAUAUGUCCAAUUUUUGGAAAUUCUAUUCUUAAUUGUUCUGUCAAUUGCAGGUGUUCACAAAAAUCAUCAAAUUUGAAUAAAUAAAAGAUACUUUA